AGGGUAUCCAAUUCACUAAGAAAAGAGUUAAAAAUGUAGCCAUACAAAGUGUUCUCUUUUCUCUCUACAAUCAUAAACAAAACGUGAGUGAGAGCGUCAAGAGAGUGUAUGCUUGUGUUAUGAUAAAACACAAGUGAGAAACAAAGAGUGAGUAUGUUAAUAAAAACAGAGACUGAACAAAAACAGUCUCAAAUGGGAACAAGAGAUCAAAACAGAGGCUGUCCAUGAGUGGAGAGGUAGUUCAACAGUGUAACAGUAAGAAGCUUGCCUCAUUGUCAUCACAUGUUCCACUUACCUUGUAUCGACAAUCGGCUCCUCAGGCAAGGUUUCUGUCCAUUGCGUAGACGUGACCUUUAAUUCUCAGAUACGUCUACAUACAGCUCCUAGCUUAGAACCGUGUAACUUUCAUUAAUCAGAUGAUGUAUAAAAGAAAUUCACACAGAAAAAGGAGUUUUAUUUUCUCUUUGACAAGGCUUAUGUUAGUGUUCCACCGAAGCCAGAAACCAGAUGGUUGGUACUUGGUAUGGAAACUAGCAAGGGGACCAGAUCACCAGAACCAUAACGAUGGUAAAUGAUUCUUGUCUGGUGUACCCGAACUUAAUAGGUAUUUCAUGUUUAAAGCACUCUUUACCGUGUUUUCCUAAUUACCUAAAUAUAUUUAAGUUCAUUAUUUUUGUGUGUGUGUGUGAAGUAACAACACUAGUAACGGUUUAAGUCCUUAUCAAUACCAGAUUGCAAUACCCAAUCGUAAUUAAUAUGACAUCAACUAGCAUUAUGUCCUCUACUUAUCCUUGUAGCCUAAUCCUUCGCUCUCACGGCUUCUCAUCUUUGACAUCUCCAAAAAAAGUCUGGUGUAAUUUUAUCGGAUGUCUCCGAAGGGACAAAAGUCUGGUGUAAUUAUUGUUCUUAUUAUUAUUAUUUUUUGGGUAACUGGGGUCUGGGGUAAUUACGGGGUAGCUGGGUAGUAAUAUCUUUAUAUCUUUAUAAUAGAAAACAAGAAGCUCAUGGUGACUUUCGUUUUACAAAUAACCAACGGCCAAUAUUUAUCUGGAGGCCCGUGAUUAGUGUGGCAAUAUAUAUUAUAAAAUUAUUCUGUAAGAGAAUCAAACGUGCUGCAAAAUCUUAAUUAAAUUAGAUAUAAGAUUAUAUAUGUUGAGAGAGAGAGACAAAACAUUCUCAUAAACGAGACAACAACUAAGCUAUUGACCAAAAAGGAAAGUAUGAUAGGCUCGUACUCAUCAGUGAGCUUCUUUCUUCGCACAAUUGUUCUUCUUCUUCUUCUUUUCCUCACUUUAAAUCUCUUCAACACGUUUGCUUCUCUUACACCGAACCUCUGUCAUCCGGAUCAAAGAGAUGCUCUUCUAGAGCUCAAGAAGGAGUUCAAGAUCGGCAAGCCUGAUGAGUUUCUUGAUUAUGAUGGUUACUCGAUCGCCAAGACAGAAUCGUGGGCAAAGAGUAGCAGCGACUGUUGUAACUGGGACGGUGUCACUUGCGAUGCCAGGUCAGGAAAAGUGAUCGGUUUAGACCUUAGUUGUAGCUGUCUUCACGGUCGGCUUGAAACGAAGUCAAGUCUUUUCAAACUACAACAUCUAAAAAGUCUGAACCUCGCUUACAACAACUUCACUCUUUCACCAAUACCAGAUACGUUCAAGACACUCGUGUUGUUAGAAACACUAAAUCUCUCUGAGUCUUCAUUGAAAGGUCACAUUCCGAAAGAACUUCUCCAGCUGACCAGUUUGGUUUCUCUUGAUCUUUCUUCCUCUGCUUCUACUUCUUAUUAUUUCUCAGCUCCUCCAAGUUUACUGUCCAUUGAAAACCCACCAUUGUUUCUUCGUCGACUUGCUCGAAACUUGAAGAACCUUAGAGUAUUGGAUAUAAGCUGCGUGAACAUUUCUUCACAAGUCCCCCUCGAGGUUUCAUACAUGUCAUCUCUAAGAUCUCUACAUCUAAGGAACUGUAAUCUGAUGGGAGAAUUUCCAAGCAGUGUUUUCAAGAUACCAACCUUACAGUCCAUUAAACUAGACAACAAUCCAAAUCUGAGAGGGGAGCUUCCUGUGAUUCCUAUAAACAACUCUAUGCAAGUCUUAAGCCUUGUGGAAACAUCUUUUUCAGGUAUCAUACCUGACUCCAUUGGCAACCUUAAGCAGUUAGUUUCUUUGACACUUGCAGGAGCCAGAUUCUCUGGGAGGAUCCCAUCUUCACUUGGAGAGCUUUUUGAACUCUCAAGCCUCUUUCUUGGUUCGAAUGGUUUCGUUGGUGAAGUCCCAUCUUCCAUUGGUAAUUUAAAACUGUUGACCAUCUUUGACGUUGGGAACAAUAAGCUAAGUGGAAACUUUCCAUCUGGACUUCUCAACUUGACCAAACUACGUUUCAUUGGUCUCAGUGACAAUGAGUUCACGGGUUCCCUUCCACCUAACAUUGGCCAGCUAUCCAAACUGGAAGCCAUUGUCGCCGGUAGUAACUCUUUUACAGGAUCAGUUCCUGCAUCCCUUUUCCAAAUCUCUUCACUGACCGACAUCUAUUUUGAGGAUAACCAGUUCAGUGAUAUCCUUGGGUUACAGAACAUAUCUCUGUUACCUAAUCUACAAUAUCUCUUCCUUCACUCUAACUACUUCAGAAUCAGUAGUCCAGUUGACUUCAGUGUCUUCUCUUCUCUCAAACAGCUACUAGGACUAGCACUCUCAGGCAUCCCUCUGUCAAUAGCAAACAUCACUUCUGAUUCGGAUUUUUCAAGGCAGUUUACAUCUUUGUACUUGUCAGGCUGCAGCAUCACUGAGUUUCCUGAGUUCAUAAGAGACCUAAUAAAUCUAAAGUCUCUAGACCUUUCCAACAACAAUAUCAAAGGUCAAUUACCAGACUGGUUAUGGAGACUACAAGAAUUGCGAGAUGUGGAACUUUCUAACAACUGCCUAAGUGGUUUCGACGGAUCCUUACAAGUUGUACUUGGAAGUCAGAUUCACAUGCUAGAUCUAAGCUCAAAUGCUUUCCAAGGGCCACUCUUCAUCCCAUCUACAUCUAUAACCUACUUGUUUGCCUCUAACAACAACUUCACUAGAGAGAUACCUCAGUUGAUAUGCAGACUAACCUCUCCUACCAUCAUUGAUCUAUCAAACAACAACUUCCAUGGCUACAUUCCUCGGGGUUUAGGGACUCACAUGAGUUUUCUUUCGGAUCUAAAUCUUCGUAACAAUAGUCUUACCGGAAGUCUUCCUGACAUGUUUAUGCACGCCAACAAGUUAAGGUCCAUUGACGUUAGCCACAACAAAUUGGAGGGAAAACUUCCUUCAUCUCUUACCGCUUGUUCUGCUUUGGAAGUUCUAAACGUGGAGGGAAAUGCGUUCAACGGCACGUUUCCCUUCCAGUUAAGUUCAUUGCCGAAGUUACAAGUUCUUGUCCUCCGGUCAAACAACUUUUAUGGCAAGUUACAUCAGUCCAAUGGGGUUUGGUUUGGGUUUCCUGAGCUGAAAAUCAUUGAUGUAUCCCAUAACGACUUCUUUGGUACCUUACCAUCUGAUUACUUCCUGAACUGGACUGCAAUAUCUGCGAAGAAAGAUAAUACACAGCUGCACUACAUUGGAGAUUUUCAUGACUACGGCUACUACACUUCGGUUGUGUUGAUGAAUAAAGGAGUAUCAAUGGCAUUGGAGCGUAUUCUCACAAUCUACACCGCCAUUGAUUUUUCUGGAAACAGGAUCCAUGGACAAGUACCUGAAUCUGUCGGCCUCUUGAAGGAGCUUCAUGUUCUUAAUUUUUCAAGAAAUUCUUUCACGGGACACAUCCCAUCGUCUUUGGCAAACCUCACGGCGCUGGAAUCACUGGACUUGUCACAAAACAAGCUUUCAGGUGAGAUCCCUCCAAAGCUCGGAGACCUCUCUUCUCUUGGGUGGAUAAAUGUUUCCAAUAAUCAGCUUGUAGGUUCAAUACCACAAGGUACACAGUUUCAACGACAAAACUGCUCUUCUUAUGAUGGAAACCCUGGAAUUUUUGGUCCUUCGCUUAAGGAUAUUUGUGGAGAUAUCCAUGUACCAACAUCAACACCAGUGUUGGAAGAAGAAGAAGAAGAAGAGGAAAGUUUUAGUUGGGUAGCAGCAGGGAUAGGCUUUGCACCUGGAGUCGUAUUUGGAUUGACCAUUGGAUACAUAGUAGCUUCAUACAAGCAUGAGUGGUUCAUGAAGAGCUUAAGCACUCCUUAGCUCAUCGAUCUCACUCUACUAAGCAUUGUAUUCAGUAUGAUAAUAUUGUGUGUUCUGUUCCAUAAAGCUAUUGUAUUCAGUAUGAUAAUAUUGUGUGUUAUGUUCCAUAAAGUUUAUUGUGUUCAGUA